AUGAAUCAUAUUCCAUAUGAAGCUAAAGGCGUGUUCUCACAGCCUGGGAGGUUUAAAGGCACAGAGCCAAUUGAAGAGGUGACCGAGCAGGUUAAAGCUGUGAAAAUUGAAGAAAAGCCCAAAGAAGUCCCGACAGAGGCUGUGGAUGAGGGUCCGCCAAAGUACUUCAAGUCAGUGCUGAAGAAAGGCGACAAAACCAACUUCCCAAAGAAAGGCGACACUGUGAGCUGCUGGUACACUGGCUCCCUGGAGGAUGGAACCGUCUUCGACACCAAUAUUCCCACAACGGCGAGAAAGAAGAAGCAAUCCAAACCACUGUCAUUCAAAGCCGGCUUGGGCAGAGUCAUCAGAGGAUGGGACGAGGCCAUCCUGACGAUGAGUAAGGGUGAAACAGCUCGACUGGAGAUUGAACCAGAGUGGGCCUACGGGAAGAAGGGUCUCCCUGACUCCAAAAUUCCUCCCAACGCAAAGCUGAUCUUCGAGGUUGAGCUGGUGGCGGUGGAUUAACGGGUAACCGCUGCUCAGCAUGCACUGCAUUUCAGGGGUGGAGGGGAAAAAAAUACUCAAUGGCCUUGCUGUAAAGAAUCAAGUUAAAAUGGCAUUUGGAUUGCACCUUUUUGUUCCUACGUUAUCUCAUUUAUCAACACGUUACAAUAAACAAUGAUCAGUUAUUACAGCAUUUUCAGUUUGGGCCAAAAUGUGAGGGCUUGUCAAUAAUGUACAUACCCUGAAACCUUAUUCUUUGCAUUAUGUUUUGUUCUUUUGCAUGUACAAUGUAAAUGAUAAAUAAACCUGUUUCAGAGACUAA